AUGACAACCCAAACCAACCCCCCACCCACCACCUCCCCACCCCCUCCCUCUCCCCCCACCACAACAGAUACCAACAACCAACAACGCACAGCAGAAGCCAAAGCCGCAUUCACCGCCUCCCUCCGCUCAGCCGGCGCCCACCACGACGCCGCCCUGCGCGACCGCGCGCAGACCCUCCGCGCCAACGACGCCGCCCUCCAGCGCCAGGAGGCCGAGCUGGCGCGCACGACUGCCCAGCUGGGCCGGCAGAAUGAGCAGUGGGGGAAGGUGGCGGACCAGGCGCGCGAUGGGUUGAAGGAGAUUGGGGAUGUGCAGAAUUGGGCGGAGCUGAUUGAGAGGGAUUUGUUGGUUGUGGAGGAGGUUUUGAGGGAGGUUGAGGGGGAUUCUCAUGGGCAGUAUCGUGAUAGUGAUGGUGAUAGUGAUAGUGAUAGUGAUGGGGGAAUGGUGGUGGAUGAUGAUGAUGAUGCGAAGAAGAAAGAUGGGAAAGGAAAGGCGAAGGGCUGGUUUUCCUGGUGGUAG